AUGGAGCCCAGCGCCAGCUCCGCCCCGCCCGCCCCGCCCGCCCCGCCCGCCCCGCCCGCCGCCCCGCCCGCCGCCCCGACCCCGCAACCGCCACCGCAGCCGUCCGCCGCCAUGCAGGUCGACACCGCGCCGGACGACCUGGCGCGCGCCGUACACUUCGCCCGCCAGGAGCUCGGCGCCGUCAUCACCGCCCUCAUGCGGGUCUUCCUCGCCGUCGAGGCCAACGGUGGGCCGCCGCUGGAGAGGCUCGCGUCAGUGCAGGGGCUGUCCGAGGCGCAGAAGAAGGAGCGCGCAGAGGCGCUGCUGAAGCGCUCGGAGAGCGUGACGCCGCGCAAGCUGGCGGCGCUGGGCGUGGCCAUGCCCAGCUUCGACGGGCUGCGGAAGGCCGUCAGCGCGGCCGCCGAGCUCAACGCGAAGAGGAUGGAGGAGGCGAAGCAGAUGGAAAGCCAGGUGUCGGAGGAGGAGAAGCAGGCGCUCGUCGAAAAGAGGGCGCAGCUGGUGGAACAGGUCGCGGCGAAGAAUAAGAAGGUCAAGAUCCUCAUCGAUCAUCUGAGAGAGCUGCAUCGUGAUAUUGUCGCGCUGCUUGCUCCGUACAAGAAGCAGCAUGCUUCGCAGCCCCGGAAGGCUUAGAUGGGAGUUGACGUUUUAGUUUCAAGGGGACGCCGUCGGGAAUGCGAUGUCUUUCGUCGCUCUUAUUGUACAUACAUAUGUCG